GGAGCGGGAGCUCUCCCGACGCUUCUCGGGGAGUGUCGUCUGGGUCGGUGCCGCUGCAGGAAGAGCCCUUCUCCCGACCCUGGAAGGCCCUGGCACAGCUCGCCGAUCUCCGUGUUCAGGGGUUUAUGUGGGAAUCAGAGCAGAAUGGAUCCGUAUCGAUAUUUCAUCUUUAACCAGAGGAACAUGGUCGUGCUGGGGAUGUUCCAGAUAGCCUUCAGCACCAUCUGUGUCACCAGUGGGUUCAUAGAUGGCAUUUUCAGAACAGAGUCUCAGCUGGGCAAAACCAGAGCUCCAGUUUGGGCUGGCAUGGUGAUGGGAGUCCCAGGCGUCCUAGCUUUGUUCUCCUCGCAGAGGAAGAAUCCAGUUCUUGUGAAUGUACUGAUAGUUGCUUCCAUAUUCUCUUGUGUUGCCAUCCUCAUUAUAAUAGUUUAUAGCUUCUUCACGCUGAACUAUGGUGAAGAGGAGGAGUUGAGUUCUGCCCCAGUCCAUGUUACCCAUACUAGGUUCAUACUCAAUAAAAUUGUCAAGGGUGCUAACAUAGCCAUGCUGGCUGUAUCCAUCUGCAGUGCCUUUUUUGUACUGGCCAUGGCUUACUUGGGAUGCCGGAGUCUUCCACACUGCUCCUGCUAUGACAGUGUAACUGGGAUGGAAUGGUUGCAACCUAGUGAGGACCAAAAUCAGGCUGUGGAAAUGGUUUGUGCUGUACAAAACUCUGGGGGGACAAUUUUUAACUUCACAGAUCAGUUUCCAGCCCAGGAUGUAGAUGCAGAGGAAAGCACAUCCAAACCUCCACCAUAUAUCAGAAUGACUUGAAAAAUGAUCGAACAUAUUACUCAAAUGUGGCAAGAGAGGUGCAGGAAGUUCUUAAUCUUCAAAGAUGGUUAUGCGCUUUUCCUUGGCCAUUUGAAAAACAAAAACACACAGAACGAACUAGUGAAUGUCCAACACUGAGCAGAGAUCACAGUGCAGAGGGAAAGAUCUGCAGAUGAUUUUCAACUUUCAGGCUUUGUGUAGUAAAAUACCUCAUUGCCUCUGGAAAGUGAGAGCAUUUUUUCCUCCGGCUUUUUA